AGAUAGAGAAACAAUAGGAACAAAAUGGAUUAUGAUGUAGCUGAACAAAAUGAUGGUAACUAUCAACCACUAGAGCCAUAUUCAGAAACCCGUGGAGAUAAUAGUGCAGGCCAUGAAUUAAAGCAUUCAAUCGAUGAUUCUUCUGCAGGAAAGCUUUUUGUUGGAGGCAUUGCUUGGGAGACCAAUGAAGAAUCUUUUAGGAAAUAUUUCAGCAGGUUUGGAGAGACAACUGACUGUGUAAUAAUGAUGGAUAAGGUCUCUGGACGGCCGCGAGGAUUUGGAUUUGUAACAUUUGCUAACCCAGAAGUUGUGAAUAAGGUUUUAGAGGAAGACCACGUCAUAGAUGGUAGAACGGUGGAAGUGAAAAGGACAGUACCUAAGGAGGACAUGCAAGUUAAAGGAGCUCCAAAAACAAAGAAAUUUUUUGUCGGCGGUCUUCCAUUAUCUUUAACCGAAGAUGAGUUGAAGGAAUAUUUUUAUUCUUAUGGCUAUGUUCUGGAGCACCAAAUCAUGCUGGACCGCGAGACUGGUCGGUCCCGAGGCUUUGGCUUCGUGACUUUUGAUAGUGAACAUGCCAUUGAAAAAGUUUUAAACAAUGGUCGUAUGCAUGAAAUCUGUGGCAAACAAGCUGAAAUUAAGAGGGCUGAGCCAAAAAGAGCUGGUGCUGAAUAUGCAAACGGGAGCAGGCAGCAUCAUGGUGGGAGUGGUUCGAAAUCAUACAUUGGCUUCGGUGGGUCUGAAGGAGGGUUUGGUGGUGGAUAUGGCGGAACGAUGGGUAGAGGGUAUGGUGGAUAUGGCGGACAUGGUGGUGGUGGUGGUGGCUAUUGUGGUUAUGGAAACAUUGGAGGAAGUUAUGAUGGAGGUGUUGCAAGAUUUUACUCUGGGUAUGGUGGAUAUGGUUAUGGUUUUGGGUUUAGUGGACCUAUGUAUAGGGCAGGUGUAUCCGGAGGCACUAGCUAUGUGGCUCCUUGUAGCUAUGGUGGUACCACUGGGUAUGCUGGCAGUAGAGGAUAUACAGGCGGUGAUAGUAGCUGGUAUGGUGGGGCUAAAGGCUCUGUAUCUGGCAAUGCUAAAGGAUAUGGUGUUGGUGGUAGCACCGGAGGUGCCAAAGCAUAUGAGAAUGGUGGUGCUGCAAGCAGACGGUUUCAUCCCUAUCAGAAGUGA